UCUCACUCAAACAGCUUUAUUUGAGUGUACAUGCGCGAAAAGCGUGACACGGAAGGUCACGUGGAGAAGACAGUUUGGUUCAGUGAGUGUUGUUAGUUGAAUCUGUCUGCACUGUGGAAUAACACACUACUAGAAAUACUGGCAAUGUCUCUGCUGGAGGACAUUGCUGAUCUACUGCGAUGUGUCCUGGAAUACUUUGGAGUACCAGCUGACAUGCUGGUUCCAGUAUGGGACAGUACCCUGUGUGGGCAGUACCGGAGCAUAAUCCGUAUGAUUGGGACAAACCUACUUCUCUCUCCGUACCCCAGACUGCAGUUUCAGAUUCCCCUGCAAACACUUAGUAGACAUGGCCAUAUUGAUGUCUCAGUGGACACUCCAGUUAUUCCUACAUUAGCUGAUGUGUUGUGGCUGGUGGAAGAUGAAGGAGACAGUCACACUAAAUUCAGGAAUGUUAUCCCACUGAGGAAACACUGUGUACCGCAAGGUUUUGAGAUUCCCUCAAUGGGGUCUGAAGGCCAAAUAUCUGUGUCCGUGCAUGCACAGAGAGGAGGCAGGCUGCUAGGGCAGGGCACCCAGCCAGAGGCCCUGCAGAAGAUCUCAGCUCUGGAAGAGGAACUCCAAAGACUACGGGCACAGAUUGCUAUGAUAGUCACAGCUCCAGCAGGUACCAUACGUAGUCAGUCUGGCAAUGCUGUAAGGUCUCCAGGUGGAACUCCAGUAAGGAGACGGAGAAGUAAAGGCAUAGCAUGUUCUUCUGACCCCGCAGCUCUCAUCGCUGAAGCACUGAAACGAAAGUUUGCACACAGACAGAGAGAAGAUUCAUUUGGUAAAGAGAACUGCUCGGCUGAACCCUCUCCGUUCAGCAGCCCAGACACACCCAAAAUCUUCCAUCACACCAGACACAGCCAGGGACGCAUUUACCUUUGACCCUUGACCUUAAAGUCUACCAGGAACAAAGUUGUGUCAUGGACUAAUAACAUAUUUCUUUUUCUAUGUUGGUUGCACUGUUUCUCUUUCCUUCCCCCUUUUCUCUCUAAAUUUAUAACAUGGGCUUCCAUCAGAGUACACUGUGCAUGUUUUGGAGCAAUGAUGAUUUUUAUGCAGGCAUCAUUUUUGUACAUGCUGAUUUUUAUUUUUUUAUUUGUAAAUAUUCUACACAAAGGACUUGUUAAUUGUGAAUGUAAAUGGCUAAAUAGCAAUGCAAUUAUGAGCAAUCCAGUUACUUUCAAAAUAUGAUUUACAGAUGGCUGAACUAUGCAAUUCCUUUAACUUUGUUUUGUUUUUAUAAACUGAUGUCUUUAAAUGAAUGUUGAUACCUAGUUGUACUAACGAAGGUUCUCUAAACAACUUCAAUGUUUAAGUUCAGAAAAAUGGUACCUGUUCUGCUCUUAAUUUAUGAAUCCAUUUUUCUGCUGUACUUUCAUCCUCUCCUACAAAGUGCAGUUUUGCUCUCAAAGGCAAUAAACAAGCUCUAAGCUUUUGAAAUGUAUUUUUUCUACCCCCUUUAAAAGUGUGUACAGCUACAUCAACAUUAUUACUAUUAAAGAGUUAUUUCAGCAAAAAAAAAAAAAAAAAAAAUCUCUCAUUUACUCACCUUCAUGCAAUCCCAGAUGUGUAUGACUUUCUUCUGCAGAACACAAAUGUAGAUUUUUAGAAGAAUAUCUCAGCCCUGUAGGCCCAUUCAGUGCAAGUGAAUGGUGACCGAAAUUUUGAAGCUCCAAAAAGCACAUAAAGGCAGAAUAAACGUUAUCCAUAAGACUCCUUUCUUCUGAAGCAAUCCAGUUGGUUUUGGGUGAGAACAGACCAACAUUUCACUCCUUUUUUUCAUUGUACGUCUUAACAGCAGUCUCCUUGGCAAUCAUGAUUUCAAGCUCGAUCACUUCCUACAGCGCCAUCUAGCGUUCUGCGCAUGCAUCAAGCACUAAGAAGUGUAAUUGAGCUUGAAAUCAUGAUUGAGCCUAGAUACUGCAGUUGUGAAAAAGGAUUUAUAUUUUGGAGCGCUUCAGAAGACAUGGAUUAAAAUCACUGGAGUUGUAUGGAUUACUUUUAUUCUGACUUUAUCUCCUUUUGGAGCUUCAAAGGCCUGAUCACCAUUCACUUGCAUUGCGUUUGUGUUCAGCAGAAAAAAGAAAGUCAUACACAUCUGGGAAGGCAUGAGGAUGAGUAAAUGAUGAGAGUAUUUUCAUUUUUGGGUGAACUAUCCCUUUAACCUUGAAGCAUGUAAGUAAAUACAAAACUAAAUGCGUAAGUAAUAUUUUUAGUAAUUUUGUUGCAAUUAUUACGGAAUAGUUCACCCAAAUGUGAAAAUGUAAUAAUUUACUUGCCUGACUCUUUAACGCAACAAAAGGAAUUUUAGAGACUGACAAUCUGAGUAACCAUUCUUUUUCAUUGCAUCUUUCCAUACAGUGAAAGUUAAUGGUGACAUCUCCUUUUGUGUUUCACAGAAUAAAGAAUGCCAUGUGGGUUUGGAACAAUAUGAGUGUGAGUAAAUGAAGACAGAAUAAAAACAUUUUCUGUGAUCUAACCCUUUAAAAAUGGAUGGAGAAUGAGCUACCUGGUCACAUACAUAAGCACACUUUAUAAAAGACACGGACCUAUAACAUAUGCAAGAAAAGUGUUUAUACUAUUGUUGUCUGGCCAAGUGUGUGUGUGUGUGGGUGGAUGCUUAUUUGAUGGAAUAAUUGCAGUGUGUUGCAUAUGUUUGUUGUGUCUGUAAACCACAUCCUUCCAAUCACUAAAGGUUAUCAUGGAGAGGAUAUGCUGGUCUACCGAGACAGGAAAUGGUUACACGCUGAAAAUCUGAUUGAUCAGUUGCUUCCGUCAGUCAUGUUGAUGUUGGUCUGACAGGAGGGUGUACAGAGUGGAAUUUUGCACUGUAAAGUCUCACCCCCACUGCUAUAUCUGGCAUAGGAUUUCUAUUUUUGUUUAUCUUCGAAAAUGCACCUGUUCUAAUGAGAAACUUUUGGACUACAUUUAAUGCCACGCCCCCUUUCCAUAACGCAAAUACAUUGUUCCACAAGUUGGCGAAGAAUUUGGCAAGAGAAUGUUGA